AUGAUAUUUGCUUCAAAGUUACGUUCAUUCUUCUUCUUCUUCUUCUUCUUCUUCUUUCCUUCUUCCCCUCUUCUUCUUCCCCUGUUCCCCCCCUCCACCUCCUCCUUCUUCUUCUUCUGUUGCUGCUUUUCUUAUUGUUACUCAAGUCAUUCCCCUUUCUUUCCUUUUUCUCUUUCGUACAUUCUUUAUUUGAUUCUUCCUUUCUUUCUUUCCUUCUUUUUCUUUCCUUCUUUCUUUCUUUCUUUCUUUCCUUCUUUCUUUCUUUCUUUUAUUCAUUCCUUCCAUUAUUUCUCCUUUAUUUCAUUCUUUCUCUCUUUUUUCUUUCCUUCAUUUAGUCUUUCUAACUUGAAUUCUUCCUUCUUUCUUUCUUUUUUUCUUUUUGUUCUCUCUAUAUCUAUCUCACACACAAAACGCAAAAAAAUGAGAGAAAAAGGGAGAGAGUAUCUCUCCAGAGAAACGCAUUACCGUCUUUUUAAGAAGCCAGAAGCACCGGAGAUCGGCGGCCAUCUUUGUCUGUAUACACAGAAACCACUCUGGCGUUUUAAUCGAACCAUUUUAAGAAUGGGCCCCACGUCUUCCUCUUCUGUUUUCCAGCCUUUAGAUUCAUAA